AGAUAUGCAAGAUGUCUUCAACUGUUUUUACUCAGAGCCACUGAGAAGAACUGGAAUUCAAGAUGAGAACCAACAAGGUGUACAAGCUCGUCAUACAUAAGAAGGGUUUUGGAGGCAGUGAUGAUGAACUGGUGGUGAAUCCUAAAGUAUUUCUUCAAAUCAAGCUGGGAGAUGUUGUGGAAAUUGCACAUCCCAAUGAUGAAUACAGUCCCCUGCUUCUGCAAGUGAAGUCACUUAAAGAAGAUUUGCAGAAAGAAACUAUAAGUGUGGAUCAGACAGUUGCACAAGUGUUCCGACUGCGACCAUACCAGGAUGUCCAUGUGAAUGUUGUUGACCCAAAGGAAGUGACCUUGGACUUGGUGGAGCUGACCUUUAAAGAUCAGUAUAUUGGGCGCGGGGAUAUGUGGCGACUGAAGAAAAGUUUGGUCAGCACAUGUGCAUAUGUCACCCAAAAAGUUGAAUUUGCAGGUAUCAGGGCACAGGCAGGUGAACUGUGGGUAAAGAGUGAGAAAGUCACUUGUGGAUACAUCAGUGAGGACACUCGGGUGGUCUUCCGCUCCACUUCUGCUAUGGUUUAUAUUUUUAUCCAGAUGAGCUGUGAAAUGUGGGAUUUUGAUAUUUAUGGGGACCUAUACUUUGAGAAAGCUGUGAAUGGUUUCCUUGCUGACCUCUUCACAAAAUGGAAGGAGAAGAAUUGCAGCCAUGAAGUGACAGUGGUUCUAUUUUCUAGAACAUUUUACGAAGCAAAAUCUAUAGAUGAGUUUCCUGAAACGCAUCGUGCCUCAAUUCGGCAGGAUCAUGAGGGAAGAUUUUAUGAAGAUUUUUACAAAGUUGUAGUUCAGAAUGAGAGACGAGAAGAGUGGACUUCAUUGCUUGUGACCAUUAAAAAGCUUUUCAUCCAGUAUCCCGUGUUGGUGCGACUAGAGCAAGCAGAGGGCUUUCCUCCAGGUUACAAUUCUACCUCUGCACAAGGGAACUACCUGGAAGCAAUAAAUCUUUCAUUCAAUGUGUUUGACAAGCAUUACAUAAACCGGAACUUUGAUCGGACUGGCCAGAUGUCUGUGGUUAUCACACCUGGUGUGGGUGUAUUUGAAGUUGAUCGACUCCUUAUGAUUUUAACCAAACAGAGGAUGAUAGACAAUGGGAUAGGUGUGGACUUGGUAUGCAUGGGAGAGCAACCAUUGCAUGCUGUACCACUCUUUAAGCUCCAUAAUCGUUGUGGACCUGGCGACUCCAGAUUGGGUGAUGACUACAAUAUUCCACACUGGAUAAACCAUAGUUUCUACACAUCCAAAAGCCAGCUCCUGUGUAACAGCUUCACUCCACGGAUCAAGCUGGCAGGAAGGAAACCACAGACUGAGAAAGCAAAAAGUAACCGAGAUGCCUCAUUAGGGGCUCCAAAAGAUGCUGAGAAUGCCCUGCCUAUCCAGGUAGAUUACGAUGGCUAUGAUGCCCAGGUGUUCAGACUGCCAGGCCCUUCCAGAGCCCAGCGCUGUACCACUUUCAGGUCUGUGAGGGAGAGAGAAAGUCGUACCAGAAAGAGCUCUAGUUCCUAUGACGUCUCAUGCAGCCCUUCUCUGCAGAGCCGCACCCUGCCCCCAGAGGAGGUGAGGAGCCAGGCUUCUGAUGACAGCUCACUGGGCAAGAUCUCCAACAUCCUGAUGAUCCCACGGCCUCAUCUGCACCAGUGUGAAGUCAGCAGCUCUUUGGGCUAUACCAGCACCAGAGAUGUCCUUGAGAACAUGCUGGAGUCUCAGCAACGUGACUCCAGUGCCCCUGGGAGGUUCCAUGUUGGCAGCGCGGAAUCCAUGCUGCACAUUCGGCCUGGGGGAUAUACACCCCAGCGAGCACUGAUAAACCCGUUUGCCCCAUCCCGCAUGCCCAUGAAGCUUACAUCUAACAGGAGGCGCUGGAUGCACACUUUUCCUGUGGGUCCAUCAGGAGAAGCUAUCCAGAUCCAUCAUCAAACCCGUCAGAAUAUGGCAGAAAUGCAGGGCAAUGGGCAGCAGGAUUUGACACAUUCCUCUGCUGAGCUGCUAGAGUUGGCUUACCAUGAGGCAACUGGCAGACAUAUCAGCUCUCGGCAUCCAGGUGACAGUGCCUCUUUCCUGAGCUUCAGCGGAACAGAAGAAUACUCUAACGGCCUGGCUGGCAGCAACAGUGCAGGUGUGAACCUCAAAACUCAGAACAAGGAUUCCUUGGAAGAUACUGUCUCUAACUCUCCGGAUCCGAUGCCAGGCUUCUGUUGUACAGUUGGAGUGGACUGGAAAUCUCUCACUACUCCGGCCUGUCUCCCUCUUACCACGGACUACUUCCCCGACCGUCAGAGUCUGCAGAAUGAUUACACGGAGGGUUGCUAUGAUCUCCUCCCAGAAGCUGACAUUGACAGGAGAGAUGAGGAAGGAGUGCAGAUGACAGCCCAACAGGUGUUUGAGGAGUUUAUUUGUCAGCGUCUCAUGCAAGGCUAUCAGAUUAUU